AUGUCAUUUAAAGUACCAUUUAUUAAAAAGGUAGUCCAAAGCGGUACCACUCUAACCUCUCCUAUGAGACAAUCAUUACCAUCCAGGAUUAUAUCAUGUAGAAUGGCAUCCUCGAAGACAACAAUGACCGUCAGGGAUGCAUUGAACUCGGCCAUGGCAGAAGAAUUGGAUCGUGAUGAUGAUGUGUUUAUCAUUGGUGAAGAAGUGGCACAAUAUAAUGGUGCCUACAAAGUAACAAAGGGUCUAUUGGAUCGUUUUGGAGAACGUCGUGUUGUUGAUACACCAAUUACAGAAUAUGGGUUUACAGGUUUAGCAGUUGGUGCAGCUUUAAAAGGUUUAAAACCAAUUGUUGAGUUUAUGUCGUUCAAUUUCUCUAUGCAAGCAAUGGAUCAUAUUGUUAAUUCUGCUGCGAAGACACAUUAUAUGUCUGGUGGUACUCAAAAAUGUCAAAUUACAUUCCGUGGUACUAAUGGGUCUGCUGUUGGUGUUGCAGCACAACAUUCUCAAGAUUAUUCUGCAUGGUAUGGUUCCAUUCCAGGUUUGAAAGUGUUAGUGCCGUAUUCUGCUGAAGAUGCUCGUGGUUUAUUAAAAGCAGCCAUUAGAGAUCCUAACCCAGUUGUAUUCCUAGAGAAUGAAUUAUUAUAUGGUGAAUCCUUUGAAGUCUCUGAAGAAGCUUUAUCUCCAGAUUUUACAUUACCUUACAAGGCUAAGGUUGAACGUGAAGGUAAAGACGUCUCCAUUGUUACAUACACUCGUAAUGUUCAAUUUUCAUUAGAAGCCGCUGAGAUUCUUGAAAAAGAACACGGUAUCUCUGCUGAAGUGAUUAAUUUACGUUCUAUUCGUCCAUUAGAUGUUGAAGCUAUCAUUAAGACUGUUAAGAAGACCAAUCAUUUGGUUACUGUUGAAUCUACAUUCCCAUCGUUUGGUGUUGGUUCUGAAAUCGUUGCACAAGUAAUGGAAUCUGAUGCAUUUGAUUAUUUGGAUGCUCCUGUUAAAAGAGUUACAGGUGCAGAUGUUCCAACUCCUUAUGCUAAAGAAUUGGAAGAUUUUGCAUUCCCAGAUGCUCCAACUAUCGUGAGAGCCGUCAAAGAUAUUCUAUCUGUCGAGUAA